AUGAAGAUUCUUGUCUUGGUCCUGGUUUGUCUACACCUCUCAGAGGGUGUGGAAAGAAUCAUGCUGAGGAAAGGAAAGUCUAUCUGCAAGGUGAUGGAGGAGCAGGGUGUAAUGGAGAAAUUCCUAAAAAAACACCCAAAGGUUGAUCCAGCUGCCAAGUAUCAUUUCAAUAAUAAUGCUGUUGCUUAUGAGCCCUUCACCAACUACUUGGAUGUGAUCUAUUUUGGGGAUAUCAACAUUGGGACACCACCUCAAAAUUUCCUGGUCCUCUUUGACAUGGGCUCCUCCAACCUAUGGGUGCCUACCUACUGCCAGACCCAGGCUUACUGUGAGUAUACCACUACGCCAAGUCCAGAGUUCUUGGUGCAUAAACAUUAUCUCAUGCUCCUUAAGUUAAAACAUCUGGAAAUCUUGCCAUUGGUCUACAUUUGA